UUCUCCUCAUAUAAAAAUGGUAUCUUUUCUCUGUGUGCGUGAACCCAGCUAGGCAUUUCUCCAUUAUUCUAAUCACCUUAGUGGAUAGAGAGAGAGAGAGACAUCCAAGUUGUGGUGCGGUGGUGGAGUAGUUUUGCCGAUCUCUAGGCAUUGUUUUCUUUUUUUUGGUUUCAUUUCUUUAUUUUAAUAUGAUUUGUAUCGGUGUGUUCAUGGUUCUCUCCUUUGCUUUGCACAGAAUCAUAGAAAAAUCAAGUACUACUUCUUUGAGCUUGAGUUCAAAGCAAGAAAGCAGAAACACAGCGAGAGUGUGUGUGAGUGCGCGCGCGAGAGAAAGAGAGAGGCUGCAAAACCCGAUGAUGCAAACCCGAGACGAAAGUUUUGGAAAUUGAGGCAAAUGUCGUCGAUGCCCAGCUCGAGGCAAUCUUUCUUCUCCUCCUUCUACAAUCCCUCUUCUUCUUCUUCUACAUUCUUUUUCUUCCUCUUCCUCAUUGCUCUUCUCUACACCCCUGCUUCCACAGCAAACCAUGAAGCCUUCAUUCUCUUCUCUUGGCUCCACAGCUCCACUUCCCCACCACCGUUGUCUUUCUCCAACUGGAACAUACUUGACACCAACCCAUGUAAUUGGACGUCCAUAACAUGCUCCCCACAAGGGUUAGUCACCGAAAUUAGUAUACAAUCUGUCCAGCUCGAGCUUCCAUUGCCUUCCAAUCUCUCUUCCUUUCGCGCUCUUCAUAAACUAGUUAUAUCUGAUGCCAAUCUCACUGGAACCAUCCCAGCAGAGAUUGGUGAUUGCAUUGGACUUAAAACCAUAGACCUUGGAUCAAAUAAUCUUUUUGGCUCAAUCCCUCCAAGCAUAGGCAAUCUCCAAUACCUCGAGGACUUGAUAUUGAACUCCAACAAACUCACUGGGAAAAUCCCAGUUGAGCUAUGCAGUUGCACAAGGCUAAAAAACCUCCUGCUUUUCGAUAAUCUGCUAGGCGGGUCAAUUCUCUCCGAGAUUGGCAGAUUGUCGAGCCUUGAAAUUCUUCGAACAGGCGGAAACAAGGACAUUACUGGGAAAAUCCCUGAUGAGCUUGGAGACUGCAGCAAUUUGACAGUGUUGGGGCUGGCUGAUACCAGAAUUUCAGGCUCUUUACCGGCCUCAUUAGGUGGGCUUAGCAAGCUUCAGACUUUGUCAAUCUACACUACAAUGGUAUCUGGUGAAAUACCUUCUGAAAUAGGUAACUGCUCUGAGCUUGUAAACUUGUUUCUUUAUGAAAAUAGCCUCUCUGGUUCAAUACCGCCAGAGCUUGGAAAGCUUAAAAAACUAGAGCAGUUGAUGCUGUGGCAGAAUAGUCUUGUUGGGGUGAUCCCAGAAGAAAUUGGCAAUUGCAGUAGCUUGAAAAUGAUUGAUAUAUCAUUGAAUUCUCUAUCCGGAACCAUACCUUUAACUUUAGGUGGCCUUUCGGAGCUUCAAGAUUUCAUGAUUAGUAAUAACAAUGUGUCCGGAUUCAUACCGUCAAAUCUUUCCAAUGCUACAAAUCUUUUACAAUUACAAUUUGAUACAAAUCAGAUCUCAGGUUUGAUCCCACCAGAGCUUGGGAUGUUGUCAAAUCUCACGGUGUUCUUUGCUUGGGAUAACCAGCUUGAAGGAAGCAUUCCUUCCACUUUGGAUAGUUGUAGAAAUCUCGAAGCACUAGAUUUAUCUCACAAUGCCCUCACAGGUAGUAUUCCUCCGGGCCUGUUUCAGCUCCAAAACCUCACAAAGCUGCUCUUGAUUUCCAAUGAUAUUUCGGGUUCAAUACCACCAGAAAUUGGCAAUUGCAGUUCUCUUGUGAGGCUACGGCUUGGAAGCAACAGGAUUGCUAGUGGGAUUCCUAACACAAUAGGUAAUCUCAGGAGAUUAAAUUUUCUUGAUCUGGCUGGAAAUCGUCUUUCUAGGUCGGUGCCGGAUGAGAUUGGAAGUUGUACAGAAUUGCAAAUGAUAGACCUCAGCAACAACAUUUUAGAAGGUCCUACACCUAAUUCAUUUUCAUCUCUAUCCGGGCUCCAGGUCUUGGAUAUUUCGUCCAACAAAAUUUCCGGUCAAAUUCCAGCAAGCUUUGGUCGUCUUGUUUCCUUAAACAAGCUCAUUCUAAGUAGGAAUUCAUUCUCUGGAUUGAUUCCUCCAUCUCUCGGUCUUUGUUCAAGUCUCCAAUUGCUUGAUCUCAGCAACAAUGAGCUUACAGGUGGAAUCCCAACGGAACUGGGUCGGAUUGAAGCUCUCGAGAUCGCUCUCAAUCUCAGUUACAAUGGACUCACUGGGCCAAUCCCGACUCAGAUAUCUGCUCUCAAUAAACUUUCCAUCCUAGACCUUUCUCAUAACAAGCUAGAGGGGGAUUUGAAUCCACUUUCUGGGCUUGUGAAUCUUGUUUCGCUCAAUGUCUCCUACAAUAACUUUACUGGUUAUCUUCCUGACAACAAGCUUUUUCGGCAAUUAUCACCAAUGGAUCUAGCUGGAAACCAAGGACUCUGUUCUUCGAGCCACGACUCAUGUUUCUUGGGCGAUGUUGGCAGGACAGGACUAGCAAGAAAUGAGGAUGAUCUAAGGCGGUCGCGGAAACUUAAACUAGCAAUUGCCUUGCUGAUCACCCUGACAGUGGCAAUGCUGGUUAUGGGGAUGACUGCAGUCAUAAGGGCACGAAGAAGCAUCAGAAAUGAUGAUGACUCGGAAUUGGGAGACUUGUGGCCAUGGCAAUUCACUCCAUUCCAGAAACUAAGUUUCUCUGUAGACCAAGUGCUGAGAUGCUUAAUAGAUGCCAACGUGAUUGGAAAAGGGUGUUCUGGGGUCGUUUAUCGAGCAGAUAUGGACAACGGUGAAGUGAUUGCAGUGAAAAAGCUCUGGCCUUCGACAACUGCUGGAGCCGACGACUGUAAUGACGAUAAAUGUGGAGUUCGUGAUUCCUUCUCUGCAGAGGUGAAAACCCUUGGCUCAAUCCGUCAUAAGAACAUUGUCAGGUUCCUGGGCUGCUGUUGGAAUCGAAACACAAGGUUGCUCAUGUAUGAUUAUAUGCCUAAUGGAAGCCUGGGAAGUCUACUCCAUGAGAGGACGGGAAAUGCCUUGGAAUGGGAACUCAGGUACCAAAUUUUGUUGGGAGCAGCACAAGGCCUCGCUUAUUUACACCAUGAUUGUGCCCCUCCAAUUGUUCACAGGGACAUCAAGGCCAACAACAUCCUAAUUGGUCUUGAAUUUGAGCCUUAUAUUGCUGAUUUUGGCCUAGCCAAGCUUGUUGAGGAUGGAGACUUUGCGCGGUCUUCCAAUACUGUUGCUGGCUCUUAUGGAUACAUUGCUCCUGAAUAUGGAUACAUGAUGAAGAUCACCGAAAAGAGUGACAUUUACAGCUUCGGCGUAGUGGUCUUGGAGGUCUUGACAGGAAAGCAACCAAUCGAUCCAACAAUACCAGAAGGGAUCCAUCUAGUGGAUUGGGUUAGACAAAAGAGAGGAGGAAUUGAGGUCCUUGAUCCAAGCCUCCUAUCUAGACCAGAAUCAGAUAUAGAGGAAAUGAUGCAAGCAUUAGGCAUAGCCAUAUUAUGCGUAAACUCCUCCCCUGAUGAAAGACCAACCAUGAAAGAUGUGGCGGCAAUGCUCAAGGAAAUUAAACAUGAAAGAGAGGAGUAUGCAAAGGUGGAUGCCCUCCUGAUCAAGGGUUCUCCAGUAAACAAUGUUCAAGAAAAUAAGAACUCAAGUGGUGUUCCAGCCACUUCAUCAUCAAGACCUGCUAUGCAAAGCUUGCUCUCUAAAAGCAAUAACACUAGCUUUUCUGCCUCUUCACUACUUUACUCAUCUUCCUCCAGUGCCAAAAUUUAAUUUCAAAAGAUGAACUAUAUAGUUUGUUGCUAAACAGAGGUGCUUGUGGCUUGUGAUUUUCUUCAUUUUCAAAACUCUUUGUUUUAUCAAUGUAAAGAGAACAAGAUUGAUAUUUAUUAAUGCAGAUAGAGCCAACGAUUGGAAAUU